GUCUUUAUUUUUACUGCGAUUUGAUGGACGUCACGUUUUCUUUCUUCUGUUCAGAAUCAUAAAUUUUGAUAUUGAAUCAUCUUUCUCAUCUGACAGGUUUCUUGAUGGUUGUACUUAUACAUCAAUCACGAGUUCCCCUGAGAUAUCCAAGGUUUUCUGUUUCUCUAGAAGAUAAGGUGUUACAAUAAAGACAUUCAGGAGAGCAACAUCAGAGAUGCCCAACAUCACAGGCUACCAAAUAGGAAUGGAGACUCCUAUCUUAAGGCUUUCAAAAAUUAAGGUUGAGGGAAGAGACAAAGAUAAUCAUUCACCCCAAGGUCCCCAACCAGCUUAUAGGUGCUCAGUGUCUGCUAUGGAUAUGGAUUUAACCAUCGACGGUGAUGUUAGAGCUACUUCGAUGGAAACGACAGUGAGAAAUGAGAAGUCAGUUUCUGACAUAAGUGUGCGUCCAAAAGCAACCAGAGGUCGACCGGGUCGACCAAGGAAAUCUCAGCCGAGAGCUAUUACUAUUACAUCGGGUCCGGAAAUUGUGGCAGUUGAUGACAAGUUUUCUGUUACAGACUCUAGUGUUGCAUCUGGCAGUCAAAAAUUAGAUAACAGUAGUUCUACGUUCGAUCACCCCAUGGGGACAAGGAAUUUCUUGAAGAAACGGAAAUCGGAAGUUAUCAAUUCUGAAUCCGCACUCAUCGAAUAUAAAUCUUCUGGAAAUAAAUCGAGUUUCGAUUCCUUUGGAACAGAACACAGAACUUCAAUGCAAUCGGAAUCUAGCACCUGUCAAAAGCUUGCGGGACAACCGACUCGGUUUAACGCUUAUUUGGCGUUGCCCGAUGAUCCUGUUCGAGCGCGGCAAUGGUCAGCAAAAGACUGGGAUGUUACGUUGCUUCAUCUCCUUCCUAAAUGUUUGAUGUCUUUGAAAAUUCACGAACCUACUACGAUCAUUGUGAUGGAAGGGUGCAUCGAGAUAAAGAACGAUUCAUUUAUCUCGAAUUGCACCGUUCUGGAAUCAAAGACGAAACCGCUUGAAAUCGAUGCUGGUCGAAACAUUCAAAUAGGAAAUGUGGGGAGUGGAGUCGCCACAUUCCAAACAAUUACGGCUAUGAAAUCUAUUAUUCUUCCCGAAGAUCAUGAACAGCCGAUGAGGUAUAACGCUUAUAAAGCUAGGCCAGAUGAUCCUGUAAGCGCUCAGCAACUCGUGUCAGAAAAAGACGUUCGUAUCUCGUGGAUCCAUCUCCAUCCCAAGUGUUAUCUCCCCUUUAAAAUUCAUGACCCUACGACAAUUGUUUUGAUUAAAGGAAGGAUCAAUAUUAUCAAGGACCUUGCUGUAUCACAUUCUAUGUUGCUGAACUCAAGCAUGGAAUCAAUCGAAAUUGAAACAGGGAAUCUUAUUCAUGUAGCAAAUUUUGGCCACGAAAUUGCCAAGUUCCAAGUGGUGGAAUUUUUGAAAUAACAACAUUCCUUAUUUUAUUUUUCCUCUUUUCUUACCAAGAAAUUACUUUUUAAAUCUAGUUGGAAAUUGCAAUUAGGGACAUUACGUUGGAAGUAUUAACGAUUGACGGGGAUUUUUUGUUUUUAUUGCAAAACUGAAAUGUUCCGAGAGUUCUGUUCCCUUCCCCUAUUAACUAGGAACAGUUUUAAAUGCGUCUUUCCCCAAAUCAAGCAAUUUGAAGUGAUUUAUUGAUUCUUUUUUCUUUUCGUCAUUUUUAUGCGCAAUAUAAUAAAUUUUGCGGGAUUCACUA